CGCCACACUCCCGACUUUGAUUAGUGCUCACUGUCUCCUAUAACCUGGUGUUGUGUGAUUUUUAAAAAAAUUUGUACACCCGCACCUCCAAAACUUGUUUAUUAUCAUAAUUGCUGUUAUAUGUGGCUGAAGUCCUCGUUACUGUUCUCACUUCGCUGUAAUUUUAUCUAACCUAACUGCAAACAGUUUUGCUGUUGCCAUACAGUUCAUGAUCACGUUUUCAGGAACAGAAACCUUCCGGUCACGUGGCGCGCAACCGCCGAACGUGAACUCACGUCAUGACGCUACCCCUUGUCAGUUGAAGGCGGCCGUUCGUAAUGGCGGUGGAUAUUAACGGAUGCUGAGUUUAUGACGCCGUGCUGUUGUCUGUGACCCAGAGCCAUGUUCAGUGAUGUCUGAAGCGGCGGAAGGCGAGGCCAGGUCCGGACGGGAGAUGGAGGUCCCGGUGCCGGUGGAGGAGGCGAGCCCGGGCCGCCUGCACGAGCUGGUGUUGUGCGCAGCCGCGGUGCAGGGCGCGCGGCCGGCGGUUUGUAGUGAGCGCGAGGUGCACGGAGGCUCCUUGUCUUACAGCUACAGCCAGGUCCUCGCCCUGGGGAAUAGGCUGCAACAAGUACUCCACUCACACUGUGAUUUUACCCACGGUUACAUGAUUGGUUUAUACUGCCAGCCGACAGUAAACCUGCCCAGCUGCAUUUUAGGAAUUCUUCAAAUUGGGGCAGCCUUUUGCCCAAUUGAUCCAGAAAAUGCACCUCACUUAUCAGCAAAUUUUAUUCAAAGGUGUAAACUGAUGUAUAUCCUUAUUCAGAAAGAUAUGAUACAGAAAUUCAAGGAGACUCUGUCAAAGUGGCUGUAUAUUGAAGUUGAACAUGAUGUACCAACACUAAAUGUGGUACUUGUGAAGAUUCAGUGGCGGUUGAAUAAUGUGGAUUCAGAACCCAAAAAUAAAGAAUAUGUAAUUUACAGAAAAAUAGGAGAUUUAAGACCAGACAGCUCAGAAGCUGCUGAAGAGGAUAGGAAACAAGUGCACAAAUGUACAGAUAUCCAGAGGCAUGGAUUUUUGGCAUAUAUAUUGCAAACAUCAGGUACGACAGGAACUCCAAAAAUUGUUCGAGUGCCACAUCAGUGCAUUGUUCCAAACAUACAGCAUCUCAGGACUAUUUUCAAGGUUUCAUCAGAUGAUAUAAUUUUUAUGGCUUCCCCUCUGACUUUUGACCCCUCUGUUGUUGAAAUGUUUGUUGCACUGAGCAGUGGAGCUACGCUGCUCAUUGUUCCCCCAGUGAUUAAAAGGAUGCCAAAGACAUUAGCCAACAUACUUUUUAACCAUCACAAAGUUUCUAUUAUGCAGGCCACCCCAACAUUGAUCAAAUGGUUUGGAUCAGAAAUUUUAACAUCAGUUGUACUUUCAGCCAGUACUUCACUACGUGUAUUAGCACUAGGGGGCGAAGCAUUUCCUUCACUGAGUGUACUCAAAUGUUGGCGAGGAGAAGGCAACAAAACUGAAAUUUUCAAUCUUUAUGGGAUUACAGAAGUAUCAAGUUGGGCUACAUUUUACAAAAUUCCUGAAGAAAGUCUGCGUGAUGCCACUCAGUUACAUGAAGAGUGUGUACCUUUGGGACUCCCACUUUUGGGAACUGUUUUGGAUGUUGUGGAUAACUCUGGUCAGGUAGUCCAAGAAGGAAAAGGACAAGUUUUCAUAGGUGGUAAAGAGCGUGUAUGUUUUCUUGAUGAUGAAAAAGAUGUGUGUCCAGGUACAAUGAGAGCCACUGGGGACUGGGUAAUCAUUAAAGAUGGACACAUGUAUUACGUAGGACGUCAGGACAACCAGAUUAAACGUCAUGGGAAACGUGUGAAUCUUGAAAGAAUCCAGCAGGUAGCUGAAAGUUUGAAGCAAGUGGAAGCCUGUGUAGUGGCCAAAUGUGACCAAGACAAGCUAAUGUUGUUUGUAGUGCCCAAAGGCAUUCCUAAGUUACGUAAAGGAGAAACCACAAAUUUCUGCAGGGAUAUCCUUCUUGAACUUGGAAAAUACCUCUCUUCCCAUGAAAUUCCAGACCAUGUUUUCCAAAUCAAUUCAGUACCAUUUACAACUCAUGGCAAAGUAGAUCGCGCUACUUUGAUUCAGACAUACCAAGAACAGGCUGAGGCAAAGAAGUCAAACUGCAUUGUGAGAACAAAAGAACUUCGGGAAGGUAUUCAACGGCUUUGGAAGGUUGUGCUCAAUCUUCCAGAGGACCAGCCGGAUGUUUCUGAAAAUUGUAUGUUUCUGUAUAAUGGAGGGGACUCCCUAAAAGCUUUGAGGCUUGCCAAAGAAAUUGAAACAUUUUUAGGACAAACAGUAUUUGGACUUACUGAAGUUAUUUUAAAUGGUUCUGUUUUGGACAUUUACAAUCAUAUUGCCAAUAGCAUAUUAUUUGAAGAUAGGAAUAAAGAGGAUAUUGAUAAAAAUUAUAGGAAAGUGAAAAGGAAAAGAAUUAAAGAUGAAAGUGAAGGAUCUUUGCCAAAGUGGAAUGAAGAUCAGCCAUCUGCACCAAUUUCAAACAUUACAACCAUAAGCAGAGGGAAUCAGAUCAUGAAGAUAAAAUUUGCUAAACAUUGUGAAAAUAGUCCUGACUUACGAGAAGGCAAAGAGUCGAUGGACGCUGAGUCAAAUGGAAAAAGAAGGAAAGAAAAAGAUUCUUCUACAGUGUCUGAAAAUGUGAAUGCAAAAAUCUUAGGAAAUGAGGAGAAAAUGUCAGAUAAGAAUAGCUUUUUGGAAUCAAUUGCAAACCAAGUUAUAGAGUCAUCACAUAAUGAGGGCAUGUUCAUUCCAGAAGAACAUGCUGCUAAUUCCAGAAUGGUAACAUUUAAGAUCAGAUGGAAAUCUGAUACUGCAAAAUGUGUUGAUGCUUCUCCUCUGGUGGUAAUAUCAGGGCAUAAUGACUCAGAUGGGACCGUGUACAUUGGCUCUCACUCACACAGAAUGCAGGCAAUUGAUCUGCUGUCUGGAAAGAUAAAAUGGGAGAGGAUUCUUGGAGAUCGGAUUGAAUCAUCUGCAUGCAUAUCCAGAUGUGGCAACUUUAUUAUUGUAGGUUGUUAUGAUGGUUCAAUCUGUGUGCUAAGGGUCAGUGAUGGGCAAACAUAUUGGAUUUUUUGGACAGAGGAUUCAGUUAAAAGUUCUCCAAUUAUGGAUCCAGACCUAGGACUGAUCUUUGUUGGAUCGCAUGAUCAUCACAUCUACGCUUUAGACAUUCAUAGUAAAGUGUGUGUCUGGAAAUUGCACUGUGGAGGAGGUGCUGUGUUCUCAACUCCUUGUUUAAACAGAUCACCGCGAAGACUUUAUAUUGCAACCCUUGGAGAAUCAUUAGUAGCUGUCAAUCCAGACACAAGGAGUAUAGUUUGGAAACACUUCUGCGGCAAGCCUUUAUUUUCUUCACCUCAGUGUACUGUACAGAAUGUGUACGUUGGUUGUGUUGAUGGAAGUCUGCAAUGUUUCAGCCACAGUGGUGAUCAGCUUUGGCAGUUCUCAACUGGUGGCCCGAUCUUUACUUCACCAAGUGUUUGCCACCUUUCUCCAACAAAUCGAAAAAUAAUAUGUGGAUCUCAUGACUGUUUCGUUUACUGCUUGGAUGAAGUCGGAUGUUUAGUGUGGAAGUUUGAAACCAGCAAACCAGUGCACCAGGCAGUUUCAGUCGAAACUAAUAUCGCUUAUGAAGAUACUGCACAUACUCAGCCUGAAUCACCAUUGGAAAGGGUUUCAUUGAUGAAACGCAUUAUUAUUUGAAUUAUCUGGAGCAAUUGUUUUGAUUAUUUGGGUAACGUUGUUAACUCCAAGGAUCUUUGACUUUUCAAACAUAACAAAGUGAAAUGUUAUCAGUAAAAGAAACAACAUCUAUAUUAAGUCAUUGUACAGAGAAGGUUGCAUAGAAAUGUUGGAAAUAGGAGCAUGAGUAGAAUGUGUGGCCCUUUGAGCCUGCUCUGCUGUUCAAUAUGAUCAUAGGUGAUCCACCAACUCAGUAGCUUGUUCCUUCUUUGUAACCCAACCCCAGGACCCCAUCCUUUGACCCUGUUAGCCCCAAGUGCUACAUCCAACUCCUCCUUGAAAUCAUACAACAUUUGUUUCAACUGCUUUUUGUGGUAGCGAAUUCCACAGGGGUUCACCACUUUCAGGGUGAAGAAAUCUCAUUCUUAAAUAGUCUAGCCUUAUCUUGAGGCUGUGACCUUAGUACUGGACUCCCCUGUCAUCAGGAACAACAUCCUGCUAGAUAAUUAGGUUAUCUAGUCAAGGUAGAAUUUCAUUGGUUCCACAAGAUCCGCCAUCAUUCUUCUGAACUCCAGCGAGCAUAGUCCUAAUCGAUUCAACUUGUCCUCCUGCAUCAGUCCUGCCAUCCCAAGAAUCAGUCUGGUAAACUUUUGCUGCAUUUCCUCCAUACAAGAACAUCCUUUUUCAGUUAAGGAGACCAAAACUGCACGUAUUAUUCUGAGUGUUGUCUCAACAAGGCCCUGUAUAAUUGCAGCAAGGUAUUCCAGCUCCUGUAUUCAAAUUCUCUAAUUGAAGGCUGAUGUACAAUUCACCUUCUUCACUGCCUGCUGUAACUGCAAGCUUAGCUUCU